AUGGAGACCCAUUAUGUCCCUGACAACUCGGCUUUUGACGAAACCGUGCGCAAACAUGAGCAAAACGUUCAAAAUGUCCAGGCUCUCAAAGGACAGCCCCCGGCGCACAAAAAGCCCCGUGACCAGCUCAUCGCGGAGCUCAUGCAGAGGAUACAUAUGAAACAGUCCAAUGAUUACAGAGUUUCCUUUUUCCCUCCUUCUUACUUGCCCUGCGCGAGCCCACUGAAAGAUUUGAGGAAAGUUAUGAUCAAGGAUCUAGUUCUUGAGACUCAUCACAGGGGCACCUACGUCUGCCUUCGUGCGGUGACUCCAGCGUAUCGAGUAACUGGUGUCAUGGCUAUUGCAGAGGACGAGGAGGAGAAUGCUGUGACAUUGGAAUUGUACAAUCAAGGGACAUUUCGUUCCGUCGCUGAGAUUAUGGAUGAGGGGUCAGUGCUGAUUGUCAAGGAACCGUAUUUGAAAGCAAGCUCAGAUGGAAACUAUGGCCUCCGCGUUGAUCAUCCUUCCGAUGUCCGAUUGAUUCUAGAAGAUGAUGAGGUCUUCCCUUCAGCUUGGCAAAAGAAGCCUACUGCAGAUGAAACUGCCCACAGUUGGAAGAUGCAAGGCAACCGACUUUUCAGGCUGUCUCAUUAUCGCCAGGCAAUGGAAUGUUAUUCCAAGGCCCUGCAGUCCUCGCCGACCGACGAAGAAGCCAGGUUCAUCAACCAGAAUCGCCUUCUCACCCUCCUGAGAACCGACCAGUUCGAUGCGGUUCUUCUGAACGCCAAGGAUGCAUCAUCCGAGAAGGCCUUGUCCCGCAAAGCCAACGCCCUCUACAACCUCCAAAAGUUCCGAGAAUGCUGCGAUGUGUUGAAGGCCCUUUGCACGAAGUACCCAGAGGAUGCCUUCGCCAAAUCUGAAUUUACUCGGGCACUAAAUCGCCUUAAAGAGGAGCAGACUGGAAGAUAUAACUUCAAACAAUUACAAAUCAAGGCGAUGGGGUGCGACAUGUUACAUCUGGACAAUGCUACAUACAUCGGAAGUGUAGCUGUCAAGACCACCGAGUCUCGAGGACGGGGCUUAUUUACCACAGCUGCUGUCAAGGCAGGCGACCUCCUCUUCUGCGAAAAAGCCUUUGCGCAUGUCUUCGUUGCCAACAAUGAUAAAGAGCGUCGCCAUAUCAUCGCUAGAGCCAAAGAACAAGACAAAGAUCCGGCUUAUUUGAUGAACACCAAGCCAGACAUGGUUAAUAGUUGUCAAGCGAAGCUCGUCGAGUUGAUUACUCAAAAGCUUUACGACAAUCCUUCUUUGAUGCCGGCUAUUACUGAUCUUCAUCACGGUUCCUACAAUUCUGCGAAUGUCUCACAUAUCGAUGGAAUGCCCGUUGUGGAUACGUUCCUUGUUGCGCGCAUCGUCUCAUUGAAUAGCUUUGCGUGCCCUGUUUCCACCCUCCAGCAACACUUAGAUUCACGGGCAGGUGUCCAAAAUCCUACCAAGGACGAAUAUUUUCGGGUCGGCCUUUGGCCGCUGGCAUCCUACAUGAAUCAUUCGUGUUACCAUAAUGCCCAUAGGGCAUUUAUUGGAGACAUGCAGGUAGUCCGCGCUACACGGGGUCUUGAGCCUGACACCGAGAUUCUCGGUUGGUAUAAGGGUCCUACUUAUCUGGAUCCGGAGGGAAGUCUGAACACAUUUCAUCACUGGGGUUUCGAAUGCAGCUGCGCCAUAUGUCAGGAGCACGAGGACGUGGGCAAAUCGGUACAGGAGAAAAGACGUCGACUUAGGAACGAGGUGCGAGCCGCGCUGUCACGGACAAAACCAAAUAUAGCCAAAAUCGAGGCGACCUUGUCUACGCUCACCAAGACAUACAAUCGACCGGCUGCUGAAGUCCCUCGUCUGCGUCUCUGGGACCUCUAUCUGGAUUGUUUGGCGGUCUACCUUGCACAGAAACAACCUUUCAAGAUCAUCGAUGGAUUCCUGCAAGCUCUGAAAUCCCUCGGUUUCGUGAUUGAAGGUGGGGCCCUCCCGAGGGCGACCAAGGCACCCCUCGUGGUCAAAAAAUGGGGAUUACUGAUGGAAAAGGUCAUUGAUUGUUGGAUGAUGCUUGCCCUCAGCUAUCGAGCGUUUGCACCCGAUCUACAGGCACAAGCAGAGGGCUAUGCUAGGAUCAGCUACAGAAUUUUUGUUGGUGAAGAUGAAACGUUCGAUGAGACCUAUUUGAAACACCCAGAUGGUGCGGGCGGGUUCAUUGCCAACUCACGAUAG